CCCGAGCCAUACGAAGUACCGCCUUCGCAGGAGUGGGAUGGUAAUGACGGCAGCUGGAGCACAUUCAAGCUCACUAUUGGGGCGCCCCCUCAAGAGUUCCGCGUUCUCGCCUCAACGCAGAGCGGGCAGACGAUCAUCGUGGUGCCCGAUGGCUGCAUUGCUGGCCAUGACCCUUCUGAUUGCGCCGAGUCGCGCGGCGCACAAAUCUUCAACAGCGCACAAAGCCCUGGCUUCCUCACUAAUACGUCGUCUACAUGGGACCUGAUUGGGCAAUAUAAUAUAGAUCUCGAAGAAAGACUCGGACUCAACACUACUCCCGGAAUCUUUGGAUAUGACAUGGUUGGUCUAGGAGCAUCAGGAAGCAAUAGUGUUAUUUCGGUCAACAGUUCCUUAGUAGGUGGAGUUGCAAACAUGGUCUACUACAUGGGACAUAUACCGCUCGGUGUCACGAAGUCCAAGUUCGGGAGCCAGAGCCAGGCAGUUGACCCGUUGAUCCAGCAGCUGCGUAAAAGCACUCAAAUCCCCUCAAUUUCCUUCUCCUAUACAGCUGGUGCAAAGUACCGCCUCAAAUCCGUGACUGGACAACUUAUCUUCGGAGGCUACGAUCCUACGCGUUUUGAACCAAACACGAACGAAUUCUCGUUUUCGUUCUCCGCAGACCCCUCGCGCUUGCUCACCGUGGGCGUCGACUCAGUCAUAGCAACGAACUCAUUAAAAGGCACAUACUCGCUGUCCACCAGCACCCACUUCUCCCUCAUUGAUAGCACCACCUCCAUGCUCUGGCUGCCCCGCGACGUCUGCGACGCCUUUGAGGAAUCUUUCGGCCUGACGUACGACCCCACGACCGACCUGUACCUAAUCAACACCACAAUGCGCGACCAACUCCGCGCACGAAACCCCUCCGUAACCUUCAAACUCAUCGACUCGCUUGAGGGUGCAGCAACGAACUUUACCAGCAUCCUGCUCCCGUAUUCUGCUUUCGACCUACAGGCCUCAUAUCCCUACUACGAGAAUGCAACAAACUACUUCCCCAUCCGCCGCGCUUCAAACGAAUCGCAAUAUACCCUCGGACGCACCCUUCUCCAAGAAGCCUACCUCAUCGUCGAUUACGAGCGCGCAAACUUCACACUUGCCCAAGCCGCAUUUCCUAGUCCCCUGCCCCGCGCCUCCAUCGUCGCGAUACCUCCUCCGGACACUCAAGCCACCGCAUCUCCCAGCCCAUCUCUCAGCGCAGGUGCGAAAGCAGGAAUAGCGAUCGGCAGUCUCACCCUUGUAUCCUUCCUCGCUGCGCUAGCAUUCUGGUUUUUCCGCGGCCGUCGC